AAAUUGCUUCAGUCGGCAGGAACCUGCGUGCGACUGCGUUCGCCCGCAUUUAGUGACGAGACACCGCGUAUAUCAUACGGCGUAUGUCGUUCACAGAUAAUAAACAAUUUUUGUUUUUUUAUUUUGCAAGGUUCAUGCACAGGCCGAAUGCAAAUUUAAUAUAGCGGUCAUAGGGUUAUCGGUGCAUUCGGUUAAAAUUAUAAUUUUAAAAAAGAUAAGGUUUUUUGUAAGCAAUGGUGGAGAGUCAGUGCGUAGACAGGACUGUGAAAGCUUACAUCAUGAGUGACCUGCUGAAAAAGUUUGACAUCGACGCAACUCACGAUAUAGUGAAAAUCGCUAUAGCGGUCGCCGGCUUUUAUAUGGGAAUUUUCUAUCUGGAGUACGUGGACGCUGAGUACAGCCUCUGGCUGACGUGGUUCCUGACGCCGGUGAUCGUCACCUUCCUCCUGCCUGGCUUCAUUAUAGUACUCAUAUAUAUGAGCAGUAUUAUAUUCCACUUGUAUAGGCUCUACAGAUUGCGCGUCGUUGCCGGAGUACAUAAUGAUUGGAAGGAAGCGGCUAGGUUAGCAGUCUGUGCGCUGUGGGACGCUCACGGAUGGUUAUGGCACGGUUACGAAAUACGCGGCUUAGAAAACAUACCCGACGGUCCAUUUCUAAUCAUAUACUACCAUGGCGCGCUGCCGAUAGACAUGUAUUACUUCACAGCCAGAAUGUUGCUGUUCAAGAGGCGUCACAUACACACGGUCGCUGACCGGUUUAUGUUCAAAAUACCCGGGUGGGCGUCGCUGCUGGAGGGCCUGUGCGUGAUCCCGGGCACGGUGUCGACGUGCGCGGGCGUGCUGCGCGGCGGGAACCCGCUGGCGAUCUCCCCGGGCGGCGUCUACGAGGCGCAGUUCGGGGACCACGAGUACCGGCUGCACUGGAAGUCCAGGAUCGGCUUCGCUAAGGUCGCUCAAGAAGCCAAAGUUCAAACAUUGCAAAUGGCGCAGCCGGUGGUGCCGAUGUUCACGCAGAACGUGCGCGAGGCGUUCCGCACGGUGGGCUGGCUGCGCGGCGCGUGCCGGCGCGUGUACGCGGCCUCGCGGCUGCCGCUCACGCCCGUCUACGGGGGCUUCCCCGUCAAGCUCGUCACUCAUCUCGGCGCGCCCAUCGCCCACGACCCCGCGCUCACGCCCGAACAGCUGCAGAGGAAGGUUGCCGAUGCAAUAGAGAAAUUAAUUGACGAACACCAAAGAGUGCCAGGAAACAUACUCCUGGCGCUUAUGGAACGAGUGAUAGAAUUACCCAAACAUCUGAAGCACAAAUCUAAAACGAGCGAGAAAGGCUACACGAACGGUAAAUGUCACAACGGGAAACUAAAAGAGAAAAGUGACAGCUCGAGUGAAAAGUGUGAAAGAGACAGUGUAGAUAAGUUAGCUUGCUAGAUGUGACUUUGUAUUUAGCCAGUGUCAAGAGCCGGUUGGAGUGGAGAAUGUGGUAAUUACACACAAUAUCGGCCUUUUUUUUAAUACGUGUGUUUUAAUUGUGUUUCCAUCUGAAAACGAUGCAGCAACCACACUUUUUAUAGGCGCUAUAUAUUAUUAUGUGUAAAGCUAUGUCUACACCGACCCAACGAACGCCAAAGAUUAUACUUGUCUCUUUCCGUUGUAGGAUAUCAUAGUACGCUAAAAAGAGAUAAAAACACAUUCGUUAUUGUUCGUGAGCUCCGUGUAGUCAUAGCAUAUUUCAUGGUGUAUGAGUCAUUAACUAAGAAUUAGUAAUAGAGCUGUCAUAUCAUUAUAAUCUGUGGAUUGAUUGCACUUGUAACGAGUGAGUCGCAAGGUCGAAUAUCGAUAAAUCGGAAAGAGAAAAACGGAAAGAAACUGUAUUUAUCUUUCUUAUUUUGUAUACUUAUAAAAUAAGUAAGAAAAUUGAACAUAAUAUCUACUUAAUUUUCCAGUGGGAUAUUUUUAUAUUGACUUAAAUAUGACCCAACUAAAUAUGUUUAGAAAUCGAAGCAAUGUUUCUAUUGUAAAAAAUAUCUAUAUAAAAAUAUUUUUCUUUUACAUUAUUCUGAUCAUAAUUUAGAUUUUUUUUUGUGAAAUUUUUUUUUCACGAAAAUUUUAUGCAUUUUCACCUAUUUAUUAUAUAUUGAUUUUCUUAAUCAUUUCCAAAGAUGUAUAUUUAGAAUUCUGAACAAUAUUGCAAAUGCAUUUGUAAAUCAUAGCUAAUUCCAGUUGAUGAUUAUAAUGUUUUUUUUAAUAUUAAGACUAAAAUUUACUUGAUAUUUUGAUUGGCUGUCUGUUAUUUAUUUAUCUUAUGUUUUAGUUAUUCCUAUAUAGUUAUAACAAGAAAUACAUCAAUGAUGAUGUUCAAAAAUUAUCUGCAUAUUUUUGGCGAAAAAAUGCAUUUAUAUUUAAAAGACAAUGUCACUACAUUAAAUAAAGUACAAAACAUACAUAUUUAUAUAAUUCUAAUCUUUAUAAUUAAUUAAGGUGUAUUGGUGUUUUUUAAUAAGCUUAUUUGAUCCAAUAGUGUCAUUCACUUCCAUUCAUAUAAUAAGUUGGAAAUUUUCGAUAGUUUACUGAUGGCAUUUUAUUUCGGUGAUAUUUAUUUAUUUUAAUUCAUUAUUAUCUAAAUACUCAUUAUUAUUUAUUUUUUAUUAAUUCAAUUAUACCGUCUGUCAAGAAAGUGAAGAUUUCGGCUUUCGGCUGGCAACACUAGUGUUCAUCAACCAAUCUUGACCAUUCUAUUUGAUAUUGCUAUGCCAAAAAAUCUGGUAAAAAUCGGUUUUCUCCACUUUCUUGGCAGACUGUAGCUAUAUUUAAAACAAUAGAAUUAAAAUUUUAAAAGUAACUAUCAUUUGAUCUACUUAUUAUUUUAUUUUUUGUGUUAAGAAAAAUUAGGUACAACAUUUUUGAGUUACUAUUCGUUUUAGAUGUUAUAAUUUUUAUUAUUUCGAAAUUAAAUCAUGUAAUGAUUUACUCGAUAUUGGUGAUAGAUUCGGCAAAUUAUUUUUAUUUGUAAAUCAGUUUAAUGUCCUAUUAAAAUGUAAUACGUAAUAAAUAUCGUGUAUAUGUAUAGACCGAUUUACAAAUAGAAAAUUACUUAUUGUAGUAGCUAUGAUAAUUAAUUAGGGCAUUUAGGGUACAUAUAUUUUAUAAUUAACAAAUAACGCAGAUAAUUUCUAGAUUUCCUGUAAUAAAUUAUACUAAAAACAGGCAUAUUUUAUAUAUGUUACACACAUGUAAACAAUAUUGGUCGUAUUGUAAUAAUCCCCCAUAAUAAAUGAAUGGUCACGUUUUUAGAAAAGUAUGGUGAAUUGAGUUGAAAGAUGUGAAUUGUUAUUUUUGAAGAUGUGACUGUUAUUUUUUCCCUCUUAUACAGUUUGGUCGAUAAAGUCACACUGAAAACCUAAUCAAACGUAACAGAUAUGCUUUUUCAAUAUUAAUAUUAUAGAAAAGUUUUUUUAUCUACCUGUUUGGAGGUUGGAGAAGGAAGUUUUGACAAGUGGCAAAUACGUUUUAAAGUUGUAAUUUUUAUUAAGUAUAGAUUAGAGAUGACGCUGGGUGUUUUGUAUUUUAUAUUUAUUCACUAUAAUAUAUGGAUCAUUUAAAUAUAAAAGUUUUACAAAUUCCAAUAGUGUAAUGUGACCAUGUCCACAAUUCGGAUUGCAGUACAUUUAAGUUUUUAGAUAGAUUGGUUUGUAAGACAGUAUUUAAAUAAUACUCAUGCAUUUCGGAAAAGUACAUUAUCCAUUACUUGUGUAUUUAUUUAGAAAGACAUCCGUCUUCACUUUUAUUUUCAAAGUGACUAAGUUGCGUUACGUAAAUAAUUUUUCCAUUUGGUAGAAUGCCAAAUUCUACCAAAAUACACUUAUACUACUACCAUAAUUACAGAAAUUAUAAAAAUGUUGCCUAAUUUAAGUAGAUCGGUUAAGCUAUUGGUGUAUUGUCUAUUGGCUUACCUGACACCUAAAUAAUAAACGUAAUAGGUAUAUAACGUGUUAAAAAAUCAUUUUGCGUCCAAAUUAAGCAUUCCAUUUAAGACCCCACAUGUAUUCGCCGCCAUCACAUUUAUGGCAAUGUCUUUUAGAUAAUGUCUUUUAUUUAUUAGCGAAAAAUUUUGACUUGCGUAGACUGUUUGACAAAACGGAUUUCGGUGACCAAAUUUUCGUUUUAGUAAGCUGUAGUCAACUGUGGCUACAUUGUAAAGUGGAAAAUCAGAUUACUUUCUAAAAAAACCUGUGUUAUAAUUUGUAAUUUUUUUUAUAAGUAUAAAAUAAAUUUAUAGAAAUGCGAUGGUGGCGCGUAUGUAUUAUUCUAUAAUGAGACCACACAAGCCGACCGCGAGUGCGGCAAAUGGUUAUAUUAGAAAAAUUUAAAAUCUCCGUAUGAGACUGCACUUCGUGAUUGUAGUCAUUUAAAAAUUUCGAGUCGGACAUGUGUAGGUACAACAUUAAUGGUUAAAUAAUGUCGUACCUACACAUAUCCGAUGUCGUCUCAUUCGUAACUGCUAGUUGAUACUUAUAAGUAUAAAUCAGUACCAAUAGAUAGAACUUUCAAUUAAAUUGGCAAAACACAUACAUUAGCAAAGAAAACCCCGUUAGUUGAAAAUACGCAUCUGUCAUUAUUUCGAAAUUGUAAACAUUCCAUAUUUUUAAUCGUAUCUUCAAUAAAUGUCUAUUCAACUCUAUCAGGGACUGAUUUAUCUGAUAAGAAGUCAUCGGACGAAUGGGGAAAAUCCUGUGGGGGAAAACGUUAUCAUUUGACAAUAUCACACGUGUGGUCAGCCGCAUGUGGUCUCAUGGAGAAUAACCUAAUCGACCAAUUAGGUUUCCUUUAAACUUAUUGGAAAACGUUAGCUCUACGGUGGAACAUUGUUGUAAUGUAAUGAUAUCAUUUUAAUGUGUAAAAUAGUGUGUAAACUAAAUAGCCAUUGAUGUAAGGUGCCAGAGUUUAUACCAAAAUUAUAUUUUUACGUUAGGCUGCGAAUGUAUUCUUGAAUACUUAUUUAAAUAUAAGGAAAUAUUUUCUUCUUUUUU